CCGGCUCGGUUCACGACUCCUUCGUGUGGAGGAUGUCGUUCCUGAGGGAAGCAUUCCUGCAAGGCCACUUCCUACGAGAGGACGAGUGCCUGCUUGGAGACAGUGGGUAUCCCCUUGAGCCGUGGCUCCUCAACCCCGUGCUAGGAAACCCUGCAGUGGGAUCUGACGAGGCCCGCUUUAACCAGGCCCAUCGAUCCACGAGAUCCGUGGUUGAGCGGUGCAUCGGCAUGCUCAAGAACCGGUUUCGGUGUCUGCAGAGAUACCUAACCUUGCACUACGACCCCAUCCGGUCGUGCAACAUCGUCACGGCUUGCUCCAUCCUGCACAAUGUGUGCUUGUACAUAAAUGCACCGGAACCAACACCCGAGCCAGAGCCAGUCACUGUCGUUGAGCCAGAGCCAAGUGAUUCGAGCGACAGCGACUCUGACGACCCCUUGACUGGGAGUCUCCACGACCGGGGCAUGGUGGUUCGCCAAAGGAAGGUACGGCAGGUGGCGAGUUAUGCGACUCGCAAGGGCUCAUCAACAUUGCCUCGAGCUCCUCACCCAGCCCACGCACCACAAGCCCCAAGAGCGCCUCGUCGACAGCGGGCUCCUCGUGCGCACCGAGCCCCUCGUUCACAGCAAGCCCCUCGUGCACAGCAAGCCCCUCGUGCACAGCAAGGGCCUUGUGCACAGCAGGGACUGCAGACCGUGCAGACAUUGUAACGUGGGUCGCGAUAAUAAUGUGAUAGCUAGUAAAGGGUUCUUGGGUGUCCGUCCAGUUGCUGGCUCCCUCGUAGAGCAUCUGGUCGGAGUUAGUGUCGUUCUCUAUCGAGUUACGUUCUCUACUGCUAUCGUCGAGGGUUGUGUAUCCAAUGUUGCAGAUCAAGACUUCGAGCUUCCUGUUCUUGGUGGAGAUUCUUUUGUACCCCCAGGCUGGGUGUUACAGAUUGAAGUCCCCACCUAUAAUGCUGUUGGCAUCCUUACACAUAGUUUCUCCAAACACGGGUUUCAAACUUCUGUGUAGACUCUGGAUGGACUGUACACAUUACAUACAUACAAUUUUCGUUCUUUUUUGCUUGUGGGCGUUGGCUGCAGGGAAUUAAUUGUCAGGGCACUAAGCUGCUCCUCAUCGUGCUGGGUGACUUCUUGAGUCACGAGGAUUGUAAUAACCAGGGUGGCAACAUUCACUGGCGUUCCGUGUUGUUGUAGGCUCGCAAGUGUUAUACCCUGUCAACCUCGGUGUGCCCAUGGUCUUCUGUAAGUGUGUUACAUCUGGUUUUUGUUUUAUCGCCCCCAUUAAUGUGUCAGGAGGCAUCUCUUGCUUUUGCAAUUCCUACAAUUCCAUUGCCAAAGGUAUCUUGAUGAAGGGGGGUGGUGGGUGCACACGGAGUGGUGUGGUUAGAGAUUGUCUGCAGUGUUGCUGGUGUUGUUGCCAUCGACACUUUACGGGUUCGUGCACUGGGAUAC